GCGACGCGGAGGACGACGCCGUGGUGUGGUGGUGGCAGUGGGGCGCCGCGUACCGCGCACCGCGAGCGACGCGCAAACCAAACAGCCGAGUCGAGGUGCAACAACACGACCUCCUGGGAUUACUGAAGUACUGAAAGCCGUCAGCUGGCGAGUCCGUGGCAGCGGCGAGCGGCGGACUGCGGACUUGUCCCUCGACAACGCCGUCAAACGAAACUGUAACGGUGCACUGCACUGCAUGCAGCAGGAAGAGAGACUAGCUCGCUGACAGAUCGGCAGCUGCAGAAGUGGCCUGCUGGUGCGCCCGCGGCCGCCGGCCGCAACGCAGGCAGUCGCUGCCGUUGGGACUUCCCUGCUUCCCCGUCGGAAUAAUAGCAAACAUCGCGAGUCGGCGGUGCAGCGCGACCGCCAAGCCGCCUAUCGCCAACUGGGCCAGCUGCCGAGCCGAGGGCCGAGGCCGGGACGGCCGGGAGGAGGCCGAGCACUCCGAAAUCCGAAAGGAGUGACCAAAUUGAAGACUGAAGUCGAAUUUGAGAUAACCUGCCAUGCCCACACGAAAGCACCACCGGACCAUACAUUUUCCCUAGUGGUACCGGCCGGGCCAUGGAUGCAACAACAGGAGACCGGGCGGGGGAAACCUCUCAAUCUGAGACUUCCUUGCCGGUCACUCUGCCUGUUCCUGCGCCUGCGCCCGUCCCAGCACCUGCACCGCUGGUGCCAUCCAACUCAACCACAAGCCUCUCCUCAAAGCUGGAGGCUGACCAAGUUAAUGUACCAACCAAAUGUGUAGACAUGCUGGGUGAUAUUGUUUCAGAGACAAAUGGGAAGGUGGAGGUGGAGCACAUAAGCCUCAGCUCUGCGCAGGGUCAAGAAGAAACCAGUACUUGGCCCGGGGAUGUUGAUGAUUCAGCACUGGAAGAAAUAAAUUUGGUAAGGCAAGACAAAUCAAGAGAUCAAUCAGAUGUGCCAGACCAAGAGGUGCAAAUUUCUGGAACUGACAGAUGGUGUGACAGUGAAGCUGUUAAUACGCAUGACCUAACAGCUGCUGCAAAUCCUCACUCAAUAAAUGGCAACGGCGUGUGUGAAAGUGAAGCUUCUGCAGAAACCGCAUCGAGCCCCAAUGUCCAGUCUUUGGUGAAAUCUGAGACAACUUCUCCAGAGAAAAGUGCAAAGAGUGUAAUCUUUGAAGCUACUGAACUGCAUUGUGGUUCAUUGCGAACAGUGCUUGCAAAUGGUCAUGUGAACUCCACCUCACCAAGUAUAACAGGUGUAGGGAGUUUGAUUUCGAGUGGUUUGUUAGAGAAGCUGGAAGACAGUUCUAAGGGUCUUGAUGAACAAGAGGCACUUAUUGAAUCUCAUGACCGAUCUGAUGGCAGUGAUUCAGGCCUAGGAUCUGAAUCUGCUGAAGCCCUUUCCUCCAACUCGGCUGAUGAACUUUGUAGUGGAACAGCAAGUGAUACAGAAUCAUUCUUUGCGGGAACUCAUUCUGGAAAAAAUUGUUCUUCUACUGUAGGUGAUGAGAUUCAUAUCGGUGAGUCUUUCUCUGCUUCAAGUAAAUUAUUUGACCAAAAUAAUGCCAUUAUCACUCUUGAUCCUGAGCAAUUUAAUGCACAAGUAUCAAAUUGUGUAAAUGGUUCUUCUAAAGGAAGUAAUCUAAUUGAAGACAAAAAGUUGACUGUAUGUGAAGAACAAAACCCUUUAGUGAAUGUUUAUAAUAAUAUUACAAGCUCAAGCACACAAGAAGUAGACUAUCAAUCACUGUUGUGUGAGAAGCCAUUAGAAAUUAAGAAAAUAACUAUAGAAUCGGAUCAUGAACCUUUGAAUGAAGCAGAGAAUUCAACCCGCAAAGAGGCAGAAGAACCCCAGUUAUCUCUAGAAGAUUGUGGUAGCUUAAUUGGAGUGGAUGCAAUAGAACCUCAUGAUUCAAAAUUAGUUUUAGAAAAUAAGAAAUUCACUGAAACCUGCAAAGGAGUUGAUGUGAACUUUCAAUCUUCACAAGAUGCUUUUGCAUGUGAUAAUCUCGACUUAAAAUCUUGCUGUGACAAGACUUCAAGAGAAGAAAGUGGUAUUGGAUCACCCUCUGUGGGAGAAGCAAUGCCCACUGAGUGUAUUUCUGAAACAGAAGCUUUAUGUGAUGAUAAUAUUCCUACGUUUGAUGAUUUACAAUCGCCUCCUGGAGAGACUGACAUCAAAGUUUCCCUGGAUGAAGAGGACAGUGAUGUCCCUUUACAAACACCAACUGUAAUAUUAACACCAAUUUUACCAGAAGACUUCAGCAUGAAGGCCAAAGGACCCGAAUCUGUUUCAACUAUGAUUUGUCAGGGAGAUGACAGUGUUGAUAUUGGCUUUUCUGAUUCACACCAGAAGACUGAAUCCCUGACCUUGUCAUCUGAGAGUAACUCUGUGGAAGCUAUUGCUGGUCCAAGUGGAAUCAAACAAGAGAUGACAGAAGAGAUAAGGACCAUAGAGAGAAGGAGUACGCUCAAAAGGUCAGCUUCAUCCUCUUGUGAGGGUGAAACUCAACCUAAGAAAAAGAAGUCAAUAACCUUUGACUCUGUCUCUGUCUUCUACUUUCCUCGAACACAGGGCUUCACUUGUGUCCCUUCACAGGGUGGAUCUACUCUUGGAAUGACACAAGAGCACACACAUAUGCAUCGGUUUACCAUGGUGGAGCAUGCUGUGGAGCAGCGUCGUGCUCACCGUAACAUGCUACUCCAGCUACGUCAGAGUCCCGAUCCAACUCGACCAGAGGAAAGUGCAGCUUGCUCUGUGCAGAGUGGUAAUGGUGGUGGAGAUGAAUCCACUGAUGAUUCUGAUUCAGAGGAGGAGCAGAGUGAAAUUUCAGAAGAGGAGAUGGAUAUGGAUGGAUUUUAUUUUCUUCAGCCUGUGCCAACAAGACAGAGACGUGCGUUAUUGAGACAAGCUGGUGUACAGAAAAUUGAUUCUGAUGAAAAGGACGAGUGCCGCGAUAUUCGCACAUCCCGGGAAUUCUGUGGUUGUGGCUGUAAAAACUUUUGUGACCCAGAAACCUGUUCUUGUUCUCAGGCGGGGAUCAAAUGUCAAGUGGACCGUCUGAAUUUCCCUUGCGGCUGUACUAGAGAAGGAUGUGGCAAUACCUCAGGUCGCAUUGAAUUUAACCCAAUGCGAGUUCGAACUCAUUUUAUCCACACCUUAAUGCGUCUUGAGCUAGAAAAGAAACAACAGAAAGAAGAUGAUGAACUUAGGAGGCAGCAACAAUGGACAAACCAAAUCUCAUCUGGUGGAAGUGAUGUUCCGGAUGCCAGUUCUUCUUCAAGUGCAGAGGUAGAUUCUUGUGCAGAUGUAGGUUUUGCUAAUUCGCAGAAUGCUGAAACCUCUUUACCGAGUGAUGAUCAAUAUUUUAUGGGAGGUCAGCAAGGGUACACCCAACAGCCAAUGCAACAAACAGAACAGCAGAGGAGAGUGCCAAUGUUUGUAAUGAACCAAGGUAGUUUUCAGUACUCACAGUCUGGGAGCAAUUACAAUGCAGCCCAGGGUGCGAGUUACUCUGCCUCUGGGUCAUUCAACUAUUCUAAUAGUCAAAGUUCUCAAGAUGUCAAUUAUCAACAGCAGCAAUUCAAUUUCCAAUCUUACCAAAGUUCUUCUCUACCCUCAAUGUCAAACAUAACAGGAAAUUAUAGAAAUAAUAUGUACAGGGAGCAGUGUCCUGGUAGGCCAGGAGAUGCAAACUUUGUUAAUGGUGUGUCAUGUCAAGAACAGCAGCUUGGAUUGUAUGUAAAUGAGCCAUGUGAGCUGCCAAUUCAAGCUGCUGAGGAUGACUCUGCUUCAUCAGAAAGUUCCAAUGUGGGCCAAUAUACAGCUUUAAAUUCGGUCUGUACUUUAAGUAAUCAGCUUGAGCCAUAUUCAAACUUAUUAGGGGGCAGAUGUCAGUAUGCAACAUCUCCCACUGAGGGUGAAAGCAGACCGGCUGAACUGAUGGAAACAGGUACAGACGGCUCUCAAUCUAGUGAUGGUACAACAAGGGAGGCUGGUCUUUCAACAAAUCCUCCAGAAGACUGUGAUGAAAACUUUGGUGAAAUUAUUAAAAAGUCAAUAGUUGAAACAGUGUCUGCAUGAUGCUGGUAGACAAAUUUUAUGUCUUUUGGAUACAAGUUUUAAUUUUAAUCACAUUUCUAGUUAAUGAUUUAGUAUUGAUUGUAUUCCCUGUAUUAUAUAGUCUUUAUUCUUACUAUUCUUAUUAUGUACUUUUAUUGUUGUAAUGUAUUUUUAAACCAUAUGCUGCCAUUGAUGGUUUUAAUUUAUUGUUUGAAGUGCUGCAUUGCAGUGCCAAUGGAGCAACCACAUGAAGUAUCCAUUAUGCUAUAAAUUAUAUUUUAAUCAUUGUUUUAUCUCUUUUAUUAGAUGAAACAGUAUGUGAUAUUGUAUGAAAUUUUUGGUCUGUUACAAAAUGUUAGAUACAAACUCAUACUAACAAUAAACUUUGCUGUUAUAAUUUA